AUGCACGAGAUUAUUACUCUGCAACUAGGCCAACUGAGCAAUUACACAGCAACUCAUUUUUGGAAUGCCCAGGAAUCCUAUUUCACAUACUCACAACAGGAUAAAUCCUCAGUGGACCACAAUGUGCAUUGGCGGCCGGGGGUAGCACUCGAUGGAUCCGAAACCUUCCUUCCACGCACUGUCAUCUAUGAUCUCAAGGGUGGCUUCGGAUCGCUCCGCAAAAUCAAUGCUCUCUAUGACGCAAGCGAAGAAGGCGCUCCCGCCCACCUUUGCUUUCGCAACAGGGAGGGGUCACCUCAUAUUCACAAGCAGCCUCAAAUAGAACAGACCGCCUAUCAGCAGAGCCUUGACUAUGGUACUGCUGCUUCACCACUCAAGCCGUCUGACGUGCGCUACUGGUCCGAUUUCUCACGCGUCUUCUAUCAUCCUAAGUCCAUUAACCAGCUUUACGAUUAUGAGCUAAACUCAACAAUCAUGCCAUUUGAUAAAUGGGCAUUAGGCAGAGAACUCUUCGACACACUCGACAAAGAACAUGACAUCGUUGACCGGGAUUUCCGUCCUUUUGUAGAGGAAGCCGACCAAAUGCAGGGCCUUCAGAUUAUGACUACCAUCGAUGAUGCCUGGGGUGGCUUCGCGACCGAGUAUGUCCAGCGGUUACGAGAUGAAUACGGAAAGGCUACUAUCUGGGUUUGGGGGCUUCAGGCACCUGUUCCAGCAGCAAGAAUCGACCAAAGACGCACCCAAAUGGCCAACACUGCCAUGACCGUCAGGGGAAUGUGUGAGAAUGCCUCAAUGAUGGUGCCCAUGACACUUCCUCAAGGCCGACUGCACUCAAAUAUCAGUCUGGACCCAAGAUCAACCUGGCAUACCACAGCCCUGCUCAGCACAGCAAUGGAGACGGCAGGGCUGGCGUCUCGUCUUAAUGCCAGUGAUGCCAAUAGUGGGUUACAAGCCACGUACAAUAGUCUCGUCGGUGGACUUAAUUUGAGUGGAAAACAAACUAUGAGCCGGCUACAGAUGACCGUUGUGGGGCCAGCCUCAAAUAUGAAGCCCAAUUCUCAGACAUCGCAACCCGCUUUGGACCAUGAUGAUGGAGAUGGCGAUGCCCAACUGGACACGGAUUUCUUCGACAUCGUAAGAGAAAAGCCCACGGCCAGAAGAGGGGAAUCUAAGGGCACAGGCCGAAAACCCCGGGUCUUCGGCCAGACGAUCACAACCCGUGGUGUGCCUGGCCCUAUAAGUGACUUCGAUCAACAACUGGAACAGCCAAAAGCAGCACUUGUGGAGACCAGCACUCAAAGUUACCAUGCCCCUAGAUACUAUACAGAGGGAGGAUUCCCAAUGCCAGACAGCUUCCCUCACAUCUAUCGUGACGCCAGUGGCCAACCAUCCACCGACGCUUUUGGCAUCAAGACCAGCCUCUCAACCGAUUCAUCCGUAUCUACCGCAAUGAGAGCACUUCGAACCACCGUUGCAUCUUCUAUUGGCUUAGAAGACCGCGAAGACAUCAGCAAUGAGCUCGCUGACCUGGCUGAGGCAUACCGUGAAGGCUGGUCGAGUGGUAGUGACGACGAAGACGACUAA